AUGUUUGUACCACGCUUCUGUGCCUUGCUCUUUUUGAUCUCGAACAUGAUCAAAGCCGAAGAAGAUACCAAAAUGAUGAUUUCCCUCAAGUACAGGUGGGACGAGGGAGACUCACACUUUGCCGGUAAGGUCAACAUUGACUGGGAUCGAACAGGUACAUGUGAUCACAGAGUCUUCAAAAGUAACCGCGAUAGCUGUAACCCCGCGGUAGCUAAGUUAGAGCCCUUCAGCAAUACGACCAUGGAUUGUAUCAAUCAGGUUAACGACCAUCUCUACAAUAAGGGCAAACGAGGGAAAUGUACGGCGAAGCGAAAUCUGCAAUUCAGAAUUGACCAGAUUAACAAGGAUAAAUUUUUCCUCAUUGAAAUAGACAACAUAUGUUGUGACCACCGUUGCAAAAUCACUGAUUUGCCAGAGAUUACAUGUAAUGCUGGUCCACCAGGACAAGUUAUACAUGUGAAUGGGCAUUAUAUUGCUGAAUGUAAAAAUGGGAAGUAA